CCUUUUGCUUUCUCUUGAAACAUUCUUGAAGACCUUUGGACUUGACACUUUGCAAUCAAGUCUCCUUUUUUAUUUUCUUUUUCUUUUAAACCAACAUCAGAUUUGUAAGUGGAUUGCUCUUUUCUUCUAAUACUUGAAACACACGACUUGAAAGUGUUUUCAAGUAAACAACAAAUAGAUAGUUUAUCGUUUCGAACACUUCUAACUUUUUUUUUUCUUUUCCAACAACACGCUUAUUCUCAUUUUUCCUUUCUUUCUUUUUUAUCUUUUUGUAUAAGUUAGUUUCUAUUCCUUUAGUGAUUUGUGCUUAAUAUAGACUGUAGACUAAUUAUUUUAUUACAGACUAUGUAUAGGCUAAUCCAUGAAACGCUCAAGCGACGCUCAAGCAUCUCAACACGCUGAUUUCAGUAACGGUGACAGUAAUAAGCGACCAAGACAUACACAAUCGACAUAUGGUGACAUGUAUGCUCAGUACGGACUUAUGAACCAAUAUGCAGCCGCUGCAGCCGCUGCAGCAGGUCCUUUUCCUCAAGUUAAUGCAUCUCCAUAUGCUAGUUAUACUCAACCAGCGAACCCCAUGUAUGCUGGUUACACAAAUCCUCAAUACAACAUGAUGGCUGCUCAAUAUGCUGCUUAUCCUCAAGCUUUCCCCACUGCUCCUGGUACAGGUCUACCAAACGAUACAAGCCGGACAAUCUAUCUUGGUAAUGUCGUGAGCACUAUCACACCUCAUGAUAUCUUAAAAUACGUACGCCAUGGUCCUGUUGAAUCUUUCCGUGUUGUGCCUGAAAAGAGCUGUGCCUUCCUGUCUUUUAUUGAUCCUUCUUCUGCCCAAAUGUUUUAUCAAGAAUAUAUGUCUAAAAAGUUUAUGGUCAAAGAUACAGAACUCAAGGUCGGAUGGGGCAAACCAAGUACAAUCCCUCACACACUCAAAGUAUCUAUUGAUGCUGGUGCAACACGUAAUGUUUAUUUGGGUCGUUUGACUCCUGAAGAUACAGAAGACACCAUUCGUCUUGCUCUGAGCAAAUUUGGUCCUAUUGAACAUGUCAAGUUACUUCGUGAAAAGAACAUUGCCUUUGUUCAUUUCUUGUCUAUCUUGUCUGCCGCCAAGUGUGUUGCUAACUUGCAUUCAGAUCCUGCAUGGAUUGAAAAACGUGUUAAUUAUGGUAAAGACCGUUGUGGCGAUAUUGUCGAUCAGUACAACACAGCCAUGACACUUCAUAAUCCUUACGCUAAUGCUGGCGGCUUUGGCUUUGAUCCUUACAGCGCUACAUUUGGCAACCAUAAUGUAGGCACCAAUACACAACGUACGCUUUAUUUUGGUAACAUUCAUCCUGAAGCCACUUGUGAAGAUAUCUGUAACUCUAUUCGUGGAGGCAAUUUGCUUCAAAUUCGUUAUCUCCCUGAAAAACAUAUUGCUUUUGUUACUUUUAUGGACUCUGCAACUGCCAACAGUGUCUAUACAAACUACAGCACAUUUGGCCUUGUGGUCAAGGGUAAAAAAGUUCGUAUUGGAUGGGGCAAGCCUUCUUCUGUGUCUAGUCAGGUUGCUAUGGCUGUUCAAAAUGGUGCUACUCGUAAUAUCUACAUUGGCAAUAUUUGUGAUAGUCAUACAGCCGAAAAGCUUCGUACGGAUUUUUCUGAAUACGGUGAAAUUGAAUUGAUCAAUGUAUGUACAGAAAAGAAUUGCGCCUUUGUCAAUUUCACAAGUGUCAGCAGUGCUUUGAAUGCUCUUCAAGGCAUGAAGACCAAGUCUGGUUAUUCUCAAUUAAAGAUCAAUUAUGGCAAGGACCGUUGUGGAAACCCUUGGCGUAUGAUGAAACCUAGAAAUGAUAAUCGAUACAGAGACGACAACGACAAAAAAACCGAAGGCGACAAAGAACAUAAUAACGAUGAAACCAGCUCUGUGGAGAAAUCAAAGCCAGAAUAAAGUUGAUGUUUAAACUUUGAUUUGGAGGUUGUUUUGAAUGAUCUUGCCAGGAGUCUAAAGCAUAAGUGCAAACUCAUUUACGUUUUUUUACAUGUAUAUAUAUAUAUAAUGAAUUGUCUUAAGUCGCAAGGUGUCAUUAAUCACAUUAAACCAUUCGGACGACAGAGUAUCUCUCGAAAUUCGUUCGUCUUUGCUAUCAAAAAGUAUGCACUCAAAAAGAGUCUAAAGCCUGCAUAUACACUCACAAGCACUCUAAAUGCCUACAAACCAUGUUUACUAACAUAUGCG